UCGAUAUCGCCAGAUCGAUUCAGUGCAGUUCAUGCUGUCAAAUGGAUAAUGGCAGCGACAGCGAUUGAAACCAUGUCGCAGACCAAUGGAUUUCAGCUGAAAAAGAGAGAGGACGUCGACAAUAAAGACAAUCUGUGGUCCUCCAUUCUGGCCGAAGUGCAGAACAGUGGGAGCAACAAACUACCGUCAAACAAAAAUGUUCUAGUUCUCGGAGAUAAUGAGAGUGGGAAGACGACACUCAUUGCAAAACUCCAAGGGGUUGAGGAUCCCAAGAAAGGAUCUGGACUGGAGUUUGCUUAUAUUGAUGUUCGUGAUGAUUAUAGAGAUGAUCAGACGAGAUUAUCGGUCUGGGUGUUGGACGGUGACCCUGGUCACGCGAAUCUCCUGCGAUUCGCCCUGAGCCCCGAGCGUUUUCCCCACACCCUCGUGAUGCUGGUGGCGGCGAUGACGACCCCCUGGGCCCUUCUGGACCAGCUCCAGGCCUGGGCAGCUCUUCUCGGCGAUCACAUCGACAAACUACCCCUCGACAACGACACGAGGCAACAGUGUCGACAGGCUAUGGUGAAAAAGUGGCAGGACUACAUGGAGCCUGGGGACGAACUCGAUCCUGGAAGCCCUCUGAGACGCACCAGUCGCAAUCUCGAUGAUGACAGCGACAAUCUGCCUCUUCCAGAGGGCGUACUCACCACCAAUUUGGGUCUCGACGUCGUCGUUGUCAUCACCAAGACAGAUUACAUGUCCACUUUGGAGAAGGAGCACGAUUACAAGGACGAACACUUUGACUUUAUGCAGCAGUGGAUCAGGCGGUUCUGCCUGCAGUACGGGGCUGGACUUUUUUAUACUUCUGCCAAGGAAGACAAGAACUGUGAUUUGCUGUAUAAGUACCUUACUCAUAGGAUUUAUUGCUUACCGUUUAGGACACCUGCACUCGUUGUGGAAAAAGAUGCUGUACUUAUACCUGCUGGUUGGGAUAAUAUGAAAAAGAUUGGAAUCCUCCAUGAGAAUCUUCAAUCGAUGAAACCAGACGAUUAUUAUCGUGAUGUCAUCGCUCAACCACCAACAAAUAGAAAAUGUGUAGCGAGGGAAGUGGAGGUCCAAGCUGAGGACGAACAGGCCUUUCUGGCCAAACAGCAGGCAACCCUCUCAGGCAUGAGGGAUCCAACGCGUUCGCCAACUACCCGCAACCAGGCAAGCUCCGGGCCAGUCAUGCAGGUACCCUCUCCCAACAAGAAAUUGGACCCGAAGGGGGCUGGAGCGACGCCAGCAGGCGAGGGGGUGCUAGCCAGUUUCUUUAAUUCACUUUUGUAUAAGAAGAGUGGUGCAUGGCCUGGUGGGCCAGGCUCACCGGGCACACCAGGCAGCGUUGGCACGAGUCCUGUGAAAAUUGAUGAUGGACCAGUGGAUAAAGCAGCGAUGAGAAACGAUGCAGCUGCAGAAUUGGAUCGUAUAACUCGGAGUAAAAAAAUACCCCCACCCGAUCUAAACUCAUCCUCCGAGUGUUGAGAGGAGUAAAAAUAUAUCACGGAAUAAUCAUUUGUGGCCCAUCUGCAUUCAGAUGCCCUCGGACACCAGGAGAAGUUAGAAUGAAUUCCUCAGGAGAAGCUAAUAGUGAAAUAGCGAUUUUACAUCUUGAAUAUGUCCGGACUCAACGGUGCGAUUUUCAAAAAUCAGAACCCAUUUUGAAGAGUGAUAAAAUACCGUUAAAAUGAGACUUGAUUUUUCAAAUUUCACUCAGCCAAUCUCGAGUUAUUGAAGAUUGAAGAAAACACAUUUUACAAUAUUUCCCUUUUCUCUCAUUUUUACUGAAAUAUUCAAUGAAUUUGAUAGCUGAUUCUCGCAAAUUACCUGAUAAUGUCACAAUAUGUAGUACUUAGAGAUCUUUUCAGUUGCAUAAUUUAUUCAUUUGCCAAUUAAAAACGCUAUUAAUUAACGAUAUCAAUUAAUGAGUCGAUAUUUGUGUUCAAUAGAGUGAUUUUAUUGAGUUCCAGCUCUCAAAUUCGCGAAUAUCCACGUCUCCUCCCUGGAUUAAUUAAUUAUAUUAAUUAAUUUCCUAGUUUAAGUAAUUGUAAUACUCGAUCAUAGCUCAACAAACUUGUAAAUUUGAUGUAACGAAAAAAGAAAAACAAACAGUUGAAAAGGAAUGAAAAGUGCAAUAGCUGAAGCAUUUCGUAUUCUUCUUAUGAUUCCUCUAACGAGACUAAUUGAUGAGGUGGGCCGCAGAGAGUUCAUUAAUUAAAUCAUUAAAAAGUAAAUCGAAUGAAUGAUGAAAAAAAUUACAACAAGCCACAGCUAAACAAGCCUUACUCGUUGUGUUUGAAUACAAGAUACAUAAACGAUAUGAUUAUUGAUAGAUUAUUGAAUUAAUGUAAUUAAAUAUUUAAUAUAAAUAAUGAAAAUUGAAUUAUGCUUACGCACAUGUCUUUGCGUCGUACCAAUAGUAAAUUAUUUAGCUUUUGUUUCAGAUUAUUUGAAAUUUUUUUCGUCAUUAUUUCUUCUCGAUCGGUCUAAUUUAGAGUAUAACAAAUUAUAGGAGCGAUUAUUGAGUGUGUGAGGGGAGUUUUAUACGAGAUGUGAACAAUUAUAUGGAUUUUCGAUUUUUUAAGGGAAUAGAUAGCUUUAGAAAUCUGCUUUAUUGGGCUCGGAGAGAUAGUUGGAUGUAUUUUUUUCCCUUUUUUAUGUGAAAACAAUUCGUCAAUUUGUCUAUUUUCAUCUAUGAACUCUCGUAUGCAUAUAUUUUGGGAGGAAUCAGUCGAAAUCUUGGUCAAAUAAAUAAUUUUUCAUACAA